AUGUUGCGCCUUGUGUCGUGUUCGUUGGUGUGCUCUGUCGCAGCUUUCGUGGUUAAGGACGGCUCGUCUUUGCGAGGCAUGCAGGCGGGCUCCUCCGACAUUGAUGCAGUCGGAAAUGCGACCAUUUCUGUGGAGGAGGGCGCUGCCGAGGGGUUGGAAUGCCACUACUUCUACGACCAAUCAGAUUGUCGCAUCAAGGAUCUCGGCAAACUGACUCCUUCAAACCGCGUCGUCGUGCCGAAGAUCUGGAUGGUAAACGGCAAGUUCCCUGAGGUGAAGCAGGGCAAUCACUUUUGCAUCAGGUGCACUGGUCAGCUCAUAAUCAAAAAGGAGGGCCAGUACAACUUCUUUCUCAGUUCAGACGACGGCUCCAAAAUGUGGCUGAACGACAAGCAGGUUGUGGACAAUGACGGCUGCCAUGGGGAGCGUGAGCGCGGGAGCAGCAAGACAAAGUACACUGCCGGUGCCCACAAGUUGGUGGUGGACAUGUGCGAGCGGGGUGGCGGAGAGGUGUUGAAGAUGCGGUACAAGGGACCUGACACAGGCAAUUCCAAGAAGGCAGUUCCCACGUCGGCGCUGCGCCUCCCAAUGCAGAAGUGCAAAGGAACUUUGUUAGACAAGCCGACAGACGACGUGGCUUGCGACAAGAUCAAGGACAAGAGCAAAUGCAAGAACCGGUACGAGCGAGUGGCCCAAACUGACACCUACCUCCAAUGCGUCCCGACGGAUGCUUCUCAGGAGGUGAACGGGCUCAUCAAUUGCCUCGCACAGGAUCCAUGCCACCUCUGA